CUGCUUGACUUGGCAAAUGAGUUUCAGCUGAUUUGUGUGUUUUUUAAAUUUUGUUCUUGUUUCAUUUGAGAAAUUCAGAAUAACAAUAUUAAAAUUAUUACAGCAUUUGGCAGAAUUUCAAAGAUGUCAUUGAAUAGUUUAGAAAACAAAGGGAUAAAACGAGAAAGUGAGCAAAUAGAAGAUACAAAAGUUGCAAAAAAACCUUGUCUCUAUGAGGAAAAAGAAAAAGUAAAUUUUGAGAAAUUGAUGGAAAAACUUGCAAAUGCCUAUUACCCAUAUUGCGAAGAAGUUUCAAAAUAUGAAAAAUUAGCUAAAAUUGGACAAGGAACUUUUGGGGAGGUUUUUAAAGCUCGUCAUCGUAUUACAAGAAAAAUUGUUGCCUUGAAAAAAGUCCUGAUGGAAAAUGAGAAAGAAGGGUUUCCCAUAACAGCCUUGAGAGAAAUUAAAAUUCUUCAGCUCCUGAAACAUGAAAAUGUUGUUAAUUUGAUUGAAAUCUGCCGAACAAAGCCUUCUUCCUUUAAUCGCUGCAAAUCAACAUUUUACCUUGUAUUUGACUUUUGUGAGCAUGACUUGGCUGGCUUGCUUAGUAAUGUUAAUGUCAAAUUUUCACUUGGAGAAAUUAAGAUGGUUAUGAAACAGCUGCUUAAUGGCUUAUACUUUAUACACAGUAACAAAAUACUUCAUAGGGAUAUGAAAGCUGCCAACAUACUUAUUACUAAGACUGGGACAUUAAAAAUUGCUGAUUUUGGCUUAGCAAGAGCUUUUAGUGCAAGUAAGAGUGCUGAUAAACCAAAUCGAUAUACAAACAGAGUAGUAACCUUAUGGUAUAGGCCACCUGAACUCCUCCUUGGUGAGAGAAACUAUGGUCCUCCUGUUGACCUGUGGGGUGCUGGCUGCAUAAUGGCAGAAAUGUGGACAAGAAGUCCUAUUAUGCAAGGUAGCACAGAACAACACCAAUUAACCUUAAUUAGCCAGCUUUGUGGAUCUAUAACACCUGAAACAUUUCCAGGUUGUGAAAAAUUGGAAUUAUAUAAUAAACUGGAUCUGCCUAAAGGACAGAAGCGUAAAGUCAAAGAAAGGCUCAAAGCUUAUGUAAAAGAUCCAUAUGCAUUGGAUUUACUUGACAAAUUGUUAUCUCUCGAUCCUGCAAAGAGAAUUGACAGUGAUACUGCUCUGAAUCAUGACUUCUUUUGGUCAGAUCCUCUCCCAUGUGAUUUGUCCAAGAUGCUUCAACCCCACACUCAAUCUAUGUUUGAAUAUUUGUAUUCAAGGAAAAAAGACAAUGUUAAACUUCCAGUUGCAGGACCACAUCCUCGUCCACAACCCACUGCCAAUGAUGGGCAGUACCAUGAUAGAGUUUUUUAAAUAUGUACAUUUAUAUAUAUGCUUUCAUGUUUGAAUCUUAAAAGUGUAAAUGACAUAUGCUGUUGAAGUAAAUAAGUCAAUCAAACUAUUCCAAGAAAUUGCAUUUUUAGAUGGUGCAAUGUUAAUGUACCUAUCGGUUUGUAUGGGUGUUUGUAAAGCAUACUUUAUUUUCAGAAAAUGAAAUGUGAUAAAAUAGGUAGUUUCUAGUUUUAGAGUGAGAUAUAAUUUAUUAUUUUAUUUUUUUAUUAUUAUUUAUUAUCUUACUUUUCAGGAAUGUAAAUGUUGUGAUAAUAAAUUAUGUCGUAUAGUACUGAAAUAUUGUAAGAUAAAAUUAUUAUGGUUUCUGUGAAACAUAUAUAAUAAUGUCUGAUAGACAAAAAAGAUAAUCACAUUUGAACAAAGAAAUUUAUUUGUAAUCAUU